GCCAGCGACAGCGGCGGCGCGGGGCGGGAGAGCGAGUGCGGACGAGUCGGCGCCACCAUGGCCACCGUGGAUCUGGAGAAGCUGCGGAUGUCCGGGGCCGGCAAGGCCAUCGGCGUGCUGACCAGCGGCGGCGAUGCGCAAGGCAUGAAUGCUGCCGUCCGAGCCGUGACGCGCAUGGGCAUUUACGUGGGAGCCAAAGUCUUCCUCAUCUACGAGGGCUACGAGGGCCUCGUGGACGGGGGCGAGAACAUCAGGCCGGCCAACUGGCUCAGCGUCUCCAACAUCAUCCAGCUGGGCGGCACCGUCAUCGGCAGCGCCCGCUGCAAGGCCUUCACCACGCGGGAGGGGCGCCGGGCGGCCGCCUACAACCUGGUGCAGCGUGGCAUCACCAAUCUGUGUGUCAUCGGCGGGGACGGCAGCCUCACGGGCGCCAACAUCUUCCGCGGCGAGUGGGGCGGCCUGCUGGAGGAGCUGGUGAGCGAAGGCAAGAUCUCGCAGAGCACGGCUCAGACCUAUUCGCACCUGAGCAUCGCCGGGCUGGUGGGUUCCAUUGACAACGACUUCUGCGGCACCGACAUGACCAUCGGCACGGACUCGGCCCUGCACCGCAUCACGGAGGUCAUCGACGCCAUCACCACCACCGCCCAGAGCCACCAGAGGACCUUCGUGCUGGAGGUGAUGGGGCGACACUGCGGGUACCUGGCCCUGGUGUCCGCCCUGGCCUCGGGCGCCGACUGGUUGUUCAUCCCUGAGGCGCCGCCCGAGGACGGCUGGGAGAACUUCAUGUGUGAGCGGCUGGGUGAGACUCGGAGCCGGGGGUCCCGCCUGAACAUCAUCAUCAUCGCCGAGGGCGCCAUCGACCGCAACGGGAAGCCCAUCUCAUCCCGCUACGUGAAGGACCUAGUGGUCCAGAGGCUGGGCUUUGACACACGUGUGACCGUGCUGGGCCACGUGCAGAGGGGAGGGACCCCCUCGGCCUUCGACCGCGUCCUGAGCAGCAAGAUGGGCAUGGAGGCGGUGAUGGCACUGCUGGAGGCCACGCCCGACACGCCGGCCUGCGUGGUCAGCCUCUCCGGGAACCAGUCGGUGCGGCUGCCCCUCAUGGAGUGCGUGCAGAUGACCAAGGAGGUACAGAAGGCCAUGGAUGAGAAGAGGUUUGAAGAGGCCAUCCAGCUCCGAGGCAGGAGCUUUGAGAACAACUGGAACAUUUACAAGCUGCUAGCGCACCAGAAGGUCUCCAAGGAGAAGACCAGCUUCUCCCUGGCCAUCCUGAACGUGGGGGCCCCAGCGGCCGGCAUGAACGCGGCCGUGCGCUCGGCGGUGCGUACCGGCAUCUCGCAGGGCCACACGGUGUAUGUCGUGCACGACGGCUUUGAAGGCUUGGCCAAGGGGCAGGUGCAAGAAGUGGGCUGGCAUGACGUGGCUGGCUGGCUGGGACGUGGGGGCUCCAUGCUGGGGACCAAGAGGACGCUGCCCAAGGGCUACCUGGAGAAGAUUGUGGAAAACAUCCGUACUCACAACAUCCACGCCCUGCUGGUCAUUGGAGGCUUCGAGGCCUACGAGGGGGUGCUGCAGCUGGUGGAGGCCCGCGAGCGCUACGAGGAGCUGUGCAUCGUCAUGUGUGUCAUUCCCGCCACCAUCAGCAACAACGUGCCGGGCACCGACUUCAGCCUGGGCUCCGACACCGCCGUCAACGCCGCCAUGGAGAGCUGUGACCGCAUCAAGCAGUCGGCCUCGGGGACCAAGCGCCGCGUGUUCAUCGUGGAGACCAUGGGGGGCUACUGUGGCUACCUGGCCACCGUGACCGGCAUCGCCGUGGGGGCCGACGCCGCCUACGUCUUCGAGGACCCCUUCAACAUCCAGGACUUAAAGGCCAACGUGGAGCACAUGACCGAGAAGAUGAAGACGGACAUCCAGAGGGGCCUGGUGCUCCGAAACGAGAAGUGCCACGAAUACUACACCACGGAGUUUCUGUACAACCUGUACUCCUCCGAGGGGAAGGGCGUUUUCGACUGCCGUACUAACGUCCUGGGCCACCUGCAACAGGGCGGGGCUCCCACCCCCUUCGACCGGAACUACGGCACCAAGCUGGGGGUGAAGGCCAUACUCUGGAUGUCGGAGAAGCUGCGGGCAGUCUACCGCAAGGGGCGGGUCUUCGCCAACGCCCCCGACUCGGCUUGUGUGAUCGGCCUGCAGAAGAAGGCGGUGGCCUUCAGCCCCGUCACCGAGCUCAAGAAGGACACCGACUUUGAGCACCGCAUGCCCCUGGAGCAGUGGUGGCUGAACCUGCGGCUCAUGCUGAAGAUGCUGGCUCACUACCGCAUCAGCAUGGCCGACUACGUGUCCGGGGAGCUGGAGCACGUCACCCGCCGCACCCUCAGCAUCGAAACUGGCUUCUGAAGCCGCGUCCCUGCCCCGCCCCCGCCUGCGCCCGCCUCACCUCCCCGCCGCCCCCACCCUGGAGCCUGGGCUGCUGCCUCCUGGAGCCUGCGGGCAGGCGGGCGGGGGGUGCACCCUGGCUCCGGGACUCUCACGGCCCCAGUUCCAGCCUGCUGUCCGCUCGGCUCUCCCCCAGGACACAGCACCCUGGGCGCCCCCCUUCCGGCGCAGGGGUGUGUGGGGGCGUCCGCGCGGGGACACCGCCGCCCCUCUGCCUCGGUCCCCAUGUGGCCC